UUGGCCAGAUGCCACUUUGCUUCAGCAACCAGACCCUAGUGUAACUUCUCCAUCCAUCCCUCGCUCGCUCCCUAUCUAGACUCUGUUUUUGGGGUUAGAUCUUGUUCUCUUUCUGAAAACUUGCCCUUUGCUUCAGCCAUCAGGCGGUGAUAUUUAUUGGGGCUGAAUUGUAGUGAGAUCGAUUCAAUAAAUCGAUAGAGGCCAUGUUCAUUUUCGAUUGGUUUUAUGGCAUUCUAGCAUCGCUUGGAUUGUGGCAGAAGGAGGCCAAGAUCUUAUUCUUGGGGCUCGACAAUGCAGGCAAAACCACAUUACUUCAUAUGCUCAAAGACGAGAGAUUAGUCCAGCAUCAGCCAACACAGUAUCCCACAUCGGAAGAGUUGAGUAUUGGGAAGAUCAAGUUCAAAGCUUUUGAUCUUGGGGGUCACCAGAUUGCUCGGAGAGUCUGGAAAGAUUACUAUGCCAAGGUGGAUGCAGUGGUAUAUUUGGUGGAUGCAUUUGACAAGGAAAGAUUUGCCGAGUCAAAAAAAGAAUUGGAUGCUCUGCUGUCGGACGAGGCAUUGGCGAACGUGCCAUUCCUUAUUCUUGGAAACAAGAUUGAUAUACCAUAUGCUGCCUCAGAAGAUGAGCUGCGUUACCACUUAGGGCUGUCCAACUUCACCACCGGCAAGGGUAAGGUUAGCAUGGCGGACUCAAAUGUGCGUCCCAUGGAGGUUUUCAUGUGCAGUAUUGUGAGGAAAAUGGGUUACGGAGAUGGCUUCAAAUGGCUUUCUCAGUACAUCAAAUGAGUCCAUCCGCUGCUGUCAGAUCAGAAGGGCUGGCCUCGUGUCGUACAAAGUUUAUCUUUGGCGGGGGGAAAAAGAGACAAAGACCACCUCUGUAUGAUUCAUGAAAGAAUGCGUGGGGCCCAUUAAGCCUUAAUUGAUGAACUCAUUGUGCUUUGCAGUAAACACAUGGUUGGCUGGUAGCUUGUCGCUGCUGUAGAGUAGGAGCGGUAUGGCUUUACUUUUGUCUGCUACUGUUUUUUUUUUUUUUUUGGAAAACAUAUAAAAAUACUAUUUGGGUAUGGGCAUUUUAAACAUUUAUAACUCAGUACAUUAAGAGCCAGUUUUAGCA